AUGAAGCAUCCGGGGCUCGGCCUUCACCCCUGGCAGCCUGUCAAGGCCGCCGUCCCCCGCUGGCUGCUCCUCCAGGCCAGCUUGGCUGUACCAGCACAGGUGUCCCUCGGAGGUGCCAAGGACGCAUGUCCCACAGGCCUGUACACCCACGAAGGCGAGUGUUGCAAGAGCUGCAACCUGGGUGAGGGUGUGGCCCAGCCCUGCGGAGCCAACCAGACCGUGUGUGAGCCCUGCCUGGACAGCUUGACGUUCUCCGACGUGGUGAGCGCCACGGAGCCGUGCAAGCCGUGCACCCAGUGCGUGGGACUGCAAAGCAUGUUGGCGCCGUGCCUGGAGGCCGACGACGCCGUGUGCCACUGCACCUACGGCUACUACCAGGACGAGGCGACGGGCCGCUGCGAGGCGUGCAGCGUGUGCGAGGCGGGCUCGGGCCUCGUGUACGCGUGCCAGGACAAGCAGAACACCGUGUGCGAGGAGUGCCCCGACGGCACCUACUCCGACGAGGCCAACCACCUGGACCCGUGCCUGCCCUGCACGGUGUGCGAGGACACGGAGCGCCAGCUGCGCGAGUGUACGCGCUGGGCGGACGCGGAGUGCGAGGAGAUCCCUGGGCGCUGGAUCACACGGUCCACACCCUCAGAGGGCUCAGACAGCACCGCACCCAGCACCCAGGAGCCCGAGGCACCUCCCGACCAAGACCUAGUGGCCAGCACGGUGGCAGAUGUGGUGACCACCGUGAUGGGCAGCUCCCAGCCUGUAGUGACCCGAGGCACUGCCGACAACCUCAUUCCCGUCUACUGUUCCAUCCUGGCUGCCGUGGUCAUGGGCCUCGUGGCCUACAUUGUGUUCAAGAGGUGGAACAGCUGCAAGCAGAACAAGCAAGGAGCCAACAGUAGACCAGCGAACCAGACACCCCCACCCGAGGGUGAAAAGCUGCACAGCGACAGUGGGAUCUCUGUGGACAGCCAGAGCCUGCAUGACCAGCAGCCCCACACACAGACGGCCUCAGGCCAGGGCCUCAAGGGUGACGGCGGCCUCUACAGCAGCUUGUCCCCGGCGAAGCGGGAGGAGGUGGAGAAGCUGCUGAACGGCUCGGCUGGGGACACCUGGCGGCACCUGGCAGGUGAGCUGGGCUACCCGCCGGAGCACAUAGUGAGUCCACGGCCACGUCCCCCGUGUGAGCUGACAGCCGGGAGCCCCCGCCCCGUCCCCACAUUCCGACGACUGUUGCUCCAGCCAGCCUGGCAGAGCUGGGCCCCACACCGCAGCCCCGCCGCGCCUCUCUGUGGUCCCUCGCUUCUGAUCACAGCCUUCUCCGGGAGAGAAGUGGCCUUCCCUGCCCCUGCCCCUGCCUUCUUCCUGCUGCUGGGAAGGCGGCCCUUCCCGCCUCGGCUCGGCUCGGCUCCGCUCAGCUCGGGGGGGAGCUGCCUCCAGGGAUGCCCUGCCUUGGCUGGGCCCAUUGGUUUCGAUGAAGAAAAGCAGGCCUGUGAACCGGCCCCCUGGCUGACCAUUCCUGUCUACGCCAUGCUCCCCGCUGCAGUCCUUCUGCCUGGGCACCAGCUCCUCACAGUGCCCUCUCAGGACCCACACUUGGCCACUCCUGUGCGUGCAAUGCCCAUGCAGGCCCAAUGGCACCUCCUCUGCUCCAAAUCAUCCGGGCACUUCCCAGCCCUGGCGUUCCCUUCCCAGCAAUCCCCGCUCCAGCUGUUUCCAGCAACAUUCUCAAAGGGCUCCCGGGAGAGGUUCAUCCCAUCUCCUCCGGGGCUGAGUGGCUGGAAGCCGCCACACUCACACCGGGUAGUGAAGGAGCCGCCCAGCAGCCUGGGCACCAUGGGCCCCCAUCUGGAGCAGCGCAUGGCCUGGCACUGCCCAGAGGGUGCCAUACGCCCGGCAGGCUGGGGCCUGCUGCACACUUCUCGGGGAGCUGCCAGGAGGCCCUGGGGCUGGGCGAACCCAGCGGUGACUCAGGAAGGGCGAGGGCCGCAGCUGUCUGCUCGGGUGCCAAAGACCACAGGCGGUGCCGGGCUCCGUAGGGCAGGGGGAUCCGUGUGGCACCUGCCUUUGUGGCUCUUUGGGACCCUGCAGUUGGUGCCAGAGCUGGGGCUGUGUCUGGGGUAG